GACCCCCUAUACCUAUCGAGAGGAAGUUCCUUGUCUACCCACACUUUGCACCUCAGGUUAAAUCUGUGACUUCACACUAGUCUACACAUAAGCAGAAAGGAAUAUACGCCACUAAAAAUGGACUCCAUUAGAAGCUCACAAAUUACUAAAGCCAUACAACGCAUAUCAGAGUCGGUGUUUGUGGGACUGUGUCGUGAAGUGGGGACCCCACAAAUGGUGGCCGUGAAGAGAGAUGUGAUGGACAUUAGUGAGAUGGUGGGAAAUCACGUGAAAACAAGUGAUGAGAUCUUAGAGAUGGUGAGUGGAAGUUACAGAGAAGGAAUCAAACUGAAAGGAUCAGAUAUAGACACUAUGUACUGGCUAAAUAAUCAGCGUGUGAUCUGGGACUUAUCUCAGUCUCAGUAUUACAACACACACAGAAAAACACUGAUCCUUUGUGACUGUUCCGAAAGUCCACCAGGAUUUACUUUGUUGUAUUUAUUGUCACCUAUCAAGUACAUAUUAAUCCAGAGAGUGUGUGUUAGAAUGUAUAACAGAUAUUAUGUUUCUAGUUCUAAAUGCAGACAGGCCUCUUUAUCUCAGUCAUCAUCACAUUAUAACCUUACUCCACAUGGACCCUGUGUCAGUGGAACAUUUGGACCACUUGAACUUGAUUUUGCCUUCUGUUUUGUUUGUGACUUUUGGCCUCCCUCUGCCUCCUCAUGGAUAGACAGAUGUCACUCAUGGCCCCAGCCUCAUGUUGUUGAUGAAAUAGUGAAAAAUGGAUGUCACUUUGUAGCAAUGGGACAUAAGCUAGGAAAUCAUGAAGAUCAUGAAUGGAGAAUUUCUUUCUCCCAAGCAGAAGAAAAACUUGUGUAUGUUAUGAACCACUGUCAGUUCUUAACUUACGGCUUACUUAAAUUGAUCUUAACAGAAAUAAUUAACAAUGGAGUAGGUGAUGAUGAUAAAUUACUGUGUUCCUAUCACAUGAAGACAGCAGCUUUCUGGGUGAUUCAACAAAAUACAAUAUCUCACUGGUGUCCUCAAAAUCUCCUGGAGGGUUUCUGGGUCUGUUUUAAACUCAUCCUCAAGUGGGUGUAUGAGGGGGCCUGUCCUAACUUUUUCAUUCCAGGCAACAAUAUGUUUCUGAGUAAAAUUCGUGGCGUCAAACAGCACCAAUUAUUCAUAAGACUGUACGAGUUGUAUGAGAAGGGUAUAGCAUUCCUGCUAUAUAGUCCCUACAUUAGAUCUUGUAUUAUAGAUGUCCUCUAUAACCCCAGAACCUCCGUCUGUACAGAUGAUCAUACUCUGAUUUCUGAGGUUGAGUUUGAUAGAGAUCUAUUUGUUGAAAUACAAGGUCAUUACGCGCCACCACUCAAAUUGGGCAAACAAAGAUGCAUUAGAUAUCUACAUACAAUAGCACAGAUGAUAGGUUCACUCCUCCUGACACAUUAUCAAGUCCUCAAGCUACAGAACAUUACCGCUGUGGUCCUUCAGUACACUGCUUUUGUAUUACACAUGGAAACUUGCACAUCUGACAACAAACUGAGUUAUAGAGCUAACAAAAUGUCCUGUCACAUGGUGAAAUUAGCAGCCAAGUUUGGUUGUAUCACAGACAUAUUGUACAUAGCCAUGUAUUAUUACAAGACACUUAGAUACAGGGAAGCUUUAUCUAUUAUAGAGAUGAUGAAGUUCAAGUUAGCACAGCCAUAUGUGAUGCAUGGGUUAAAUGUAGAUACAGAGAUGUAUAAUGAGGCUGUAGGGGGACAGUCCUGGUCUACAAAGAUGAGACAGGCUGUAGCAGGGAUUGUCAAACUUAACAAUGAUAUCCAUUACAUCAGUGAAUUAAUACCUGAACAACAGUCUGCUCUAAAGAACCACUGGUCUUUAUUACAUGUACCACCCUUUAUCUUAUUAUACAUGCUAGAGAUUUUUUGCUACAGACAAGUAGACACAAUACGAGCACAAUCAGCUCUAGAUAAUUUACAGACCCUAGUUCACUAUGACCAGGGACAGAUUAUAACUUUACUAUCUAGAGACAUAUCGUGGCAGAUUCUAGGGAUCUGUCAACAGUUGACAGGGAACCUCCAGGCUGCUCUGUACUCAUACCAACAAUCUCUCCGACAAGAAUCAUUCAAUAGAAUACAAACAGCUACAGAAAUGAGAAUACAGAGUUUACCAAUGGAUUCCCUUAAUUAAUUAAAUGUCAGAUGAUAUUUGUAGGAGUUCACGGAUAGAGAUUUAUCAUUUACAUAUCCUCCUCUGAUUUCAUACUUACAUUUCUAUAUGUUUUAUUACAUGUAUUAUAAAGCUAAUAACUAGUCUAUAAUAAAAUGAAAGAGGCACCAUAGCUUAUCAUGAUUAUACACUUAGAAUGUAUACUCUAGCUACUUUAUACCCAGAGUUAGAUAAGAGUAACAAAGAGAAAAUGCAUUU